AUGUUCAACUUUGACGGGCAGCACACGACAACCGAGUACAAUAACGAAGGACCUGCAGAAGUAGCCGAGUACAAUGGAAAUCGGAGUUUCUCGCCUAGGAACAACGCCAGACAUUUUUCGGUUAGCAGCCUGCUGAGACUGGGCCAAAAGAGACGGGGGUCCGACAUUGAUUCCGACGGAUACGAGGAUAAGUCGAACAAAAAGCCCAGAAGAAAUCGGACAACUUUUACUGCAGCUCAACUAGCAGCUUUGGAGAAAGUUUUCGAGAAAACUCAUUAUCCUGAUGCUUUUGUACGAGAGGAUUUGGCUUCUAAAGUUAGUCUCAGUGAGGCUAGAGUACAAGUCUGGUUUCAGAAUCGUCGAGCCAAAUUCCGUCGAAAUGAGCGCAGCUUAAACCUCCAAAAUUCUCCAACUUCGAAGGCACCUUCUCCUAUUGGUAUUCCACUCAAACCCGAUGGACUACCCCACGAGAAACCACCUUUUCCCUAUCAAAAUUCUCCGGAUUUGCAAUAUGUGAUGCCUUGGAAGUGUUCCUAUACACACAACAUGCAAUACAAUCCUGAUAAUAUUUAUACAAAUAAUAAUUGUACAUUGUUUUCUUCUAAUGGUUUUGGUUACGGUUGUAAUCGAUUAGAUGUGGCUAGUUUUAGGUAUAGGCAAGAGUUUAAUUUAUAG